UCCACCAUAGUUUGAGCGGUCUUGCGAGGCAUAGACGAUCUUUGCAGCCAGUUUCUAGAAGGGGGCAAAGACCACGGAAAUGUGCCCAUCACCGAGUCCCGGCGUGGCUUUCGGAUGGGUGUGGUCACAUUAGGGGAAGUUGUCGCUCCACAGUCGAUCGGCUGGUGAAUACGGAUCCUGAGGAAGUGCGACUGGCAUGAACAUUUAGGAAAGAUUGGUGUGUGCUUUUAGUUCGUAGAAGGGAGGAGAACUCUCUCGGGGAUCAGUUUUAUCAAGAACAAUGGGCCUCCUGCAGCUGCUGAAGUCCCAGUUCUUGUGCCACCUUCUCAUCGGCUAUGUCUUCCUGGUCAGUGGCCUCAUUGUCAACCUAUUGCAGCUCUGCACUUUACCUCUGUGGCUGGUCAGUAAGCAGCUGGCUCGCAGGGUCAACAUCAGACUGGCCUACUGCAUCAACAGCCAGCUGGUAGCUGUUCUGGAGUGGUGGUCGGGGACAGAAUGCACGCUCUACACAGACCCAAAGAGUUAUCCACUGUAUGGAAAAGAAAAUGCAAUUGUGGUUCUCAACCACAGUUUUGAGAUAGACUUCCUGUGUGGCUGGACCUUCUGUGAGAGAUUUGGAGUUCUUGGGAGUUCAAAGGUGCUAGCCAAGAAGGAGUUGGCUUAUGUGCCUGUGAUUGGUUGGAUGUGGUAUUUCCUGGAGAUAGUUUUCUGCAAGAGGAAGUGGGAGGAGGACCGAAGGACAGUGGCUCAGAGUCUUCAGAACCUGCGGGAUUACCCAGAAAACUACUGGUUCUUGCUUCACUGUGAAGGAACACGCCUCACACCCAAGAAGCACCAGAUCAGCAUGCAGGUGGCUGAGAGUAAAGGUCUGCCCAAACUGAAGUAUCACCUUUUGCCCAGGACCAAAGGAUUUGGGAUAACUGUUCAAAACCUCAGAGGAGCUGCUGCAGCUGUAUAUGACUCCACACUGAAUUUCAGAAACAACGAAGCACCAACCCUGCUUGGAAUUAUUAAUGGGAAGAAAUAUCAUGCAGAUUUAUAUGUGAGGAGAAUCCCUCUAGAAGUGAUUCCAGAAGAUGAGGCAGGGUGUGCUGCUUGGCUCCAUAAACUGUACCAGGAAAAGGAUAGCUUCCAGGAACACUAUACACAAACGGGCCGUUUCCCUGGUCCCAUAGUGAGCCCUCCACGCCGACCCUGGCCCUUAAUCAACUGGUUGUUUUGGUCCUGCUUGCUCCUUUACCCACUAGGCCUGCUGCUCGUUCGGUUGAUCAGCUCUGGAUCAGUGCUGACAAUCCUUGCAUCUGUGGCUUUGUGCUCUGCAGCAGAUCUGGCAACUCAAAUCUUCACUGGGAGUUCGCUGGAUGAUUGGCCAGACUGAGACUGACAGAGGGUCAAGCUAUGGGAAUAAAGAGGGUCCUUUAAACAACUAAGGAAUCCUGACCUACUCAGUGCUACUGCUUUGCACAGCUACUAAUCCAAGAGCAUCCAGCAGAGGGGUUCGUAAAAAACAAAAAACAAAAAAAAAAA